GGGACAGAACUGACACCAGGCACAAUCAGGUGGUGACACCGGCAGCACGUGGGUAUAGUUUUGCAGGAGUGACUAGCUGGAGUGACUCGGUGUCAUGACUGUGCUGUGCUUUAGCUGAGGAGAAGCCUUCAUAGCGACGGGAUGAUAAUAUUGAAGAUUUCAAGACUUCAAAGGAACUUUUAGGAUCGGCUGUUCGCAGACAGACGUGACACUUUCGAGUCAACAGAGGAGAAGUUCUAAUAUCAAACUGUGACAAGAUAUUAUGUUACGUGAGGUGACACCAUGUUCCAUUUCAACUGUUGUUCAUUCAUUGUGAAUUUUGCCCAGGAAACAAUGAAGCUGGUAAAUUCUUACCUUUGAAAAAACGGAUGAUUUCAAGACACCGUGUGACUCCAUAAACAUUGAAACGUGGUCAACUUGAGCAGACUGACCUGUAUUGCACAAAUGAUUGUUUGAGAAGAGAAAACUUAUUGGAUAGUCAUCUGCUGAUAUUCAAGGAAGACUUUAUCAGCAAGUGCUCAGUGGCAUUACUGUAUUCAAACUUGUUAAUCUGAAGGCCCAUUCGACUGUUAAGUAAGUGCCAUUAAGUGAGUUUUGGGUGCAGUUUGCAUGCUGGCUACUACAGAUUACUCAUUAUGGAUGAAAACAGGUUAACGUUAUAUCAGGAAUGUCCAGCAGGUACUGUAGCUACCUUAAAGGAUCAAACUAAGGAUGGGACAUCACAGAAAACAUCUUCAUCCGGUGCACAAGCAGACAUUUCUCCAGUAUCAAGACCAGUCAAUUCUACUUCCAAAAACAAACAUCAGAAAAGACUUCCACACCAAUCCUGCAGUAGAACAGUUACUUAUGAUUACAAAACAAGGACCUUCGUGGCGAGGAACUCAAAACACAGAUGCAGACGGGUGGAGAGAGUCAAAAUCGCGACGCAACAUGGACACAGCAACUCUGUCAUCCAGAAGAAACCAAGAGCAAGGAAGACCACAAAUCCAGGUUGCCCACUUGAUCUAGUAAAAACUAAGGCUGUGCAGUUGUCUGAAAGAAUACAACCCAAAGAAAGGAUGGAUGUCACAAAGCUGUAUACUAAGCUACAGUGUACAGAGGGCUCCAUGGCACAGUCACAUCUUAUCCACCAGUCAACGACAGGAGAAAACCUGCCACAAAUGAUGACUAGGAGGGGACCUCUGCAGAACAGAAGGAACUGUUGGCUCGGCAGUCCAAGGGUUCCUGAUGGUUACCCCCAUUUCCAUGGCAACAAGAAGGUACGUCAGAAGACUGCACGGGCCUCGCUACGGAAUGCUAUCUCUGCCAGGCAUGUCAAGUACAGCAGCAUGCACCUGCCUCAUAAGGUGCAGAAAGUACAGCUGAAAUAUUGUACAGAGAGGCAGAAUUCAGCUGGGGACAAGAAGGGGAACAAGAGUACAUUUAGCCUUAAUGGAGAAGACACUGCAAAGAGACCUGGGGAACACUGUGACUUGUCCAAUGACAAGCCAGGAGAAAGUGUGACGUGUUCGUUACCCCAUGCUAACAGUAUGGUGGUCAGGAAAUGUUCAGUAACGACAGGGCAAAAGCUGGAGUCUGUUGUGUCCAGACUAUGGGCUACGGUACGUCAUUCAGACAAGGAACGGUUAAACACAACAGAGAACAUCUCUGUACCUGAAGCACCGGAACCGCAGUGUGACAUGUCUGAAAUGAUAGAUUAUGAUAACAUGGAAAACGCCAACAACUGUCAUCAACAGGACUGCUCAUUCCAAACAAUCAAGGACAAUACCAGAAAACCAGGUGCUGAAGUUGAUCGUUUGUACAGUGGAGGAAGAAGUUGGACUGGACAAGCAGAAGGGAGUGGCAUUUGCAAAGAGGGACUGAGUCUGAGGCUCUGUAGUACACUCGAGACCAGCGAACCAACCUGUGGUGAAAUCAUGGAAGGUAUACAAGCUGAUGUGGAGGAACUGCCUACAUUAGAGUGGAUGGGAGGUGAGGGCUCCCCUACUUGUCAUAGUAUUGACACUUCCCCACCCAAACUGGACAGGAUUUCAUGUAAUCUAUCAAGUGAUCUUGUAACUGUUCCCAUCGUGAGAAUGCCUACUGAUCCUAGUGUUACAAGAAAAACAGAAGAGACAAUUUCUUGUCUACUGGAACAAAAGGUGGGGACUACCCUACCAGAUACCUCCACUUCACCACAUGGGUAUGUAUACAGUACAAGUGAAGUGGUCAGACCUGAGAAUUAUCGUUGUACUGCAGAACAAGUGCAGAAUAGUGAGCUGUUGACUUUUCCCCAAGACCCAUACCCAGAUGUGGACAAGGUGAACGGACAACAUUUCAUGUCUUUCUCUAACCAAGAGGCUUUGGAAGCCCAUAAAACGGUAGAGGCCAGAGUUGAAAAGGAGUUUCGACUAGAUUCACGGGUUUUCAUUCAGGAUGUCAUGGAGUAUAAGCUUCUGUAUGGCAAACAGAAGAAGAAGAAGAGAAAACACAAAGCACCAGAAGGUUGGAACCCAGGGUUGCACAACAGACACACCAGGUAUAAUAUGAUGCUGGUGGAAGAAGUUCUUAAGAAGCGAGUCGUAUUGUCAGGAAUCUGCACACAGGCAGCCAUGCAGAUAGACCCCACUCAAACUGCCAACACAAAUCAGACAAGCUGUGUAUCAUCCUGCAGGGUACCAGCAGCUAUCAUGGCACCCCCCAGUAAAAGGAGGAAGGGUGGUGAUGGACUUGUGUCUAAACUGUUGGGGUGUGAGAAUCUGCACUGGAAAAGGAAAGCAAGACUGAUGUGGGACAUGGUACAGGCAGGCACCAGACAUGACAUGGUACAGGCAGGCACCAGGCAUGACAUGGUACAGGCAGGCACCAGGCGUGAUUCGGCCCAGGCAGGCACCAGACAUGACAUGGUACAGGCAGGCACCAGGCAUGACAUGGUACAGGCAGGCACCAGGCGUGAUUCGGCCCAGGCAGGCACCAGACAUGACAUGGUACAGGCAGGCACCAGACAUGACAUAGUACAGGCAGGCACCAGACAUGACAUGGUACAGGCAGGCACCAGACAUGACAUGGUACAGGCAGGCACCAGACAUGACAUGGUACAGGCAGGCACCAGACAUGACAUGGUACAGGCAGGCACCAGACAUGACAUCUGUUACCAUGGGAACACAGAAUCACAGUACAAUACAACUGGUGAUGAUGAUCAUCAGUUCACUGCAGGUGUUGGAUAUUCAGCUGAUAUGCACCUGGAACCAAAGAAUCAGUCUGGACAUGUGUUUGAAACACAAACGUCAGCAGUAGAAUCAGAGCAGCACAAAAAGACAGAUGUCAACUUUGCAACAUUUGAAUCAGAGAGAGCUCCAAAGCAGAGAUCUGUCCGGAGUGAAACUUGUGCUGCUGUGGGGAUUGAAAAGAAGGGAGAUGAACAGAAGACAGCGACUCACAAUGUUAUGAAGUACAUGAGUAAACACCCCAAAGUGCAACAACAGCAAGAGAUGGAGGAAAACUUCUCGCAAUAA